GGGAAGGGGAUAAAAUAGAGGAUUAAAACUUUCGAACAUAUCUUUGUUCUUCUUCAUAAAGCACCUGUAGUGGUAGUGAGAGAGGAAGUCAGGUGAAAAUCAAAAUCGUGUGAACCCUGUAGUAAAUUUCUGAACUCAAUUUAAAGAAACGAAGAUGAUAGUUAUGAACUCUUGGAUAAGUUAGUAUCUUAGAGAUUUGAGGGCAUUUGGAAAAGAGGGUUUUUUUUACUGCUCGUCUUGGGGCAGUGCUUGAAGGUGUCUUUGGCUUCGAUAGGCGAGCUUCGGAGGUUAAGGUUUGAUUUGCGUGUAAAGUGGCAGGUAACAGUGAUGUAAGUGGUUUUGACUCGGGGGAAGGAGAGUUUUACGUUUGGGUCGAGUGAAGGGUCUCGGUUUUUCUGUAUAGGGAGGUGACUGUCGGUUCCUUUUUAUGGGCAGUUCUGUGUUUGUAGUUUUUGAAGAUUAGUACCUUAACUUCAGAUUUACGUGUUAAUUAUGGAUUGCGGAAAAUGGGGCACUACAGAGUUGGUAUCAGAGCCCACUAGUAGGUCUUACAUGGGCGAUAAUGGCUGAUAAUACUGAAGAAUCGGAGGGUGGAUCUGGUCAGAGAAUUGAGACCGGUAAUAUGGAGAUAUUAAUGAAGUCUAUGGCAGAUAUGAGGGAGCAUCAACGAUUAUUAGAAGGAAGGCUUGGGGUUUUGCCACCAGGAAAUAAUCCAAUAAAUACAGGUCAUGCUCCAAUGCCAGAUGAUAUGUUGGUGCCACUGUGGAAACAACAUCAAUUUGGGCAGUUAUUUCUACAAUAUCUAAAGCUUGCUCCAGAAGAAUUCAGUGGAACCCCUCCAAACCCAGAGAAGGCAGAAGAAUGGUUGCAACAUGCAGAACAUGUUUUGGAACACGUAUCUAAUGAUAGAGACACUUGGGUUAAGUUCGUUACCUACAGAUUUCGUGGACCAUCACGAGAUUGGUGGAAUGCAGUAAUAAAAGCGGAAGGCGGAACAAUAACUUGGGAUAGGUUUAAGGUCUUAUUUAUGGAUCAGUAUGUACCUGAUUCAGUAAGAGAUAGAAAAUUUUCUGAGUUCAUGUCUUUAACAAAGGGUGGUAUGUCCAUUAGUGCUUAUAAUGAUAAAUUUUUAAGGUUGUCGCGUUAUGGAACAGAAUUGAUAGCCACUGAUGAGGCUAAAGAAAAGAAGUUUAUCAGAGGUUUGGAUUCCGAGAUGCGAAAACAACUUUCAUGUUUACGAAUCAAGACUUAUGAAGAUGCUUAGACUUAUGAAGAUGCUUUGAAUCGGCCUCUUGAUUAUGAAAAGGAAAUGGAGGAUCAACUUGUAACAUGAGUUAGAGAAAGGCCGCCACAAUUUUCAGCAAGACAAGAUCCUGCAAAGCGACAAAUGAUGUCAUUUCCUGGUCAGACAUUCUACAUACCACCAAUAAGACCGUGGCAACCGGGAUCAACAUCAAGACCUAUUGCACCACGUCCACCUUCAGUUAGACCGCAAGGGCAGACAUUUUGACCACAAGGGAGGUGGAUGCGUUUUCAACAAGUACGUCCAGCUACACUAACAAAUUCUGAUUCGAGUUUUGAAAGAUGUUGGGAAUGUGGAAAGACUGAUCAUCUUAGGAGAGAUUGCCCACAAUUACGUAAACCACCAACAGGGUUAUCACAACAAGGAAUGGUAUAUGCUUCGGAAUCUGCAUAAAUUUCUACUCCAGAGACAUCACAAGAGAACCAAGUAUUUUAUACAAUGAUGGAAGGGGACGGCUCUGCAACCAAUCAGGUGGUCGAAGGUAAAAUACUGUUGUUCAAUCAUCUAGUUCAUGUGUUAUUUGACUCUGGUUCUACGCGAUCACUUAUUAAUUUACGUAUAGUAUCUGAACUGGGGUUGAAAAGAACAUUAACUGGCAAGAUGUUAGUUUUGGCUACACCAUUAGGGAGAAGAAAUUGUCCUUUUCAAGUUUGCCAGAAGUGUGUGUUGAUGGUUGAUGAUCAAGAAUUGUUUGCAGAUUUGGUAGUGUUAUAAAUGUGUGGUUUUGAUGUUA